AUGGCGGCCCUGUGGAGAGGCUACCAGAGACUGAUGGCCCGGCACCCCUGGAAGGUGCAGAUCGGCACCGCCGGUAAGAGGGAGGCCGCGCCCGCCUGGCUCCCCUCGCCUGCUCCGGAUUCAUCCCGGGGGCUGCGCCGGCGCCCCUGGGCUCUCCCGUUGCCGCCGGGGCUGGGAGGGCUCCGGGGCUUGGAGAGGGAGGGCUCCGGGGCGGCCUCCUCCAGGGCAGGAAUCUCAUUUCCAGGAAAGGGGAAGCAGGUGCCUUGGGAUGUCGAACGGCCGCUCCUCGUUGCAUUUGUUCCCGCCUCAAAGAAGCCUGUGUAGGCGGCGUUGUUGUUUAUCAUGUCCGCCUCUUCGCGACCCCCUGGACCAGAGCACGCCAGGCACUCCUGUCUUCCACUGCCUCCCGCAGUCUGGUCAGACUCAUGCUGGUAGCUUCGAGAAUAUUGUCCCACCAUCUGGUCCUCUGUCGCCCCCUUCUCCUUGUGCCCUCCAUCUUUCCCACCAUCAGGGUCUUUUCCAGGGAGUCUUCUCUUCUCCUGAGGUGGCCAAAGUCUUGGAGCCUCAGCUUCAGGAUCUGUCCUUCCAGUGAGCACUCAGGGCUGAUUUCCUUCAGAAUGGAGAGGUUUGAUCUUCUUGCAGUCCAUGGGACUCUCCAGAGUCUCCUCCAGCACCAGAAUUCAAAAGCAUCCAUUCUUCAGCGAUCAGCCUUCUUGAUGGUCCAGCUCUCACUUCCAUACAUCACUACUGGGAAAACCAGAGCUUUAUGUAUACGGAUCUUUGUUGGCAAGGUGAUGUCUCUGCUUUUUAAGAUGCUGUCUAGGUUUGCCAUUGCCUUUCUCCCAAGGAGCAGGCGUCUUUUAAUUUCGUGACUGCUGUCACCAUCUGCAGUGAUCAUGGAGCCCAAGAAAGUAAAAUCUCUCACUGCCUCCAUUUCUUCCCCUUCUAUUCGACAGGAGGUGAUGGGCCCAGUGGCCAUGAUCUUCGUUUUUUUGAUGUUGAGCUUCAGACCAUAUUUUGCGCUCUCAUCUUUCACCCUCAUUAAAAGGUUCUUUAAUUUUUCCUCACUUUUUACCAUCAAGGUUGUGCCAUCUGCAUAUCUGAGGUUGUUGAUAUUUCUUCUGGCAAUCUUAAUUCCGGCUAGGGAUUCAUCCAGCCCAGUCUCCAUCUUCACCACAACCCUGUGAGGUAGGCUAGUCCCCCAGUGGCUGAGUGGGGGUCACAAGGCCACUGUUCGACCCCCAGCUGGGCUGCCUCCUGGAGAGUGGGUGGUGCAGGGAGCUCUGCUGAAUUGUUGGGGGGCCGCAGGUGGCUCUGACUAUCCGCCCCCCUGCCUGUAGGACGUUGGGCUGCCCAGCUCUUCCCAGGCGGGAGGAGCCCCCCCACUCAGGAGCUAGGGAAGUGGGCUCCUUCAGUCCCCCAUCACAGGGGGCAGCCAGAGACCAAGCCCAGAUGGGAGCAUCCUUAGGUCUUGCCCUGAGGUGCCUCACGGUCAUCUUGUAUCCUUCAAGUUCAUCAACAAGCAAAUCCCUUUUGCACGCAGGCUCCAGGAAAUAGGAAUUCUGUUUCUCUUGAAAUCAAACGGUGCCGACAUUUGGCCGCCUGAUGAAAAUGUUUUUGCUUUGCCAAGUGCUCUUCGAUAAUUCAUUUGAUUCCCUCUUGGUCAUUGUUCUGCAUUUUUAUAGUUUUCAAAAAUGAUUUUAGUGUAGACUGCCAUAUUUUACGAGUUCAUGGCUUAUAAGUGCCCUUAAAAACAAAAAAGCGCUGUCCAAAAGCCCUCCCUUGCCGCAAUGCAACCUGCAGGUCUUCAUGCCUGCCCCACAGCAAAGGGGGUGGAAUGUUGUAUGUGACUGUAAGUGUGACAAGCCUGUCUAGCUGUAGCUGACACCAUGCACAGCCCUUUACCUGAGCUGUGAGUGGUGAAGGCCUCACCUGCAAACCAGGGAAGACCCGCCUGGCACCUUAGCAGGGCUGAGUCCCCUUGGGCAGCCAGGAUAGCACCCUCUGCCUGGGCUGGGGCCAGACCCUCCCUGCAGCAACUGCCGCUCUGGAUUCUGUGCCCCAAACAAGUUCUGAAGCAGCAGUCCUCCCCACCCCGGACUCCCCAGCUCCUGGCCACCAGCCUGGAUGGCUUAAAAAGAGGAUGAGACACAUUCAUGGGGAGUGGGUCUAUGGAAGACAACAACAACAAUAAUAAUAAUAAAUUUUAUUUAUUCUCCGGCCAGAGCCAGGCUCAGGGCGGCUAACACCAAUAAAAACGCAGUAAAAACAUAAUAGGGAGGAAAGGGGGGCAUUUAAAAUACAGGUUAAAAUGCAAUUUAAAAUGCAGCCUCAUUUUAAAAGUAGCCCAUAGAUCAAAACCGUAAGGGGAGGGAAACAUAAGGGACAGACCGAGUCCAAACCAAAGGCCAGGCGGAACAGCUCUGUCUUGCAGGCCCUGCGGAAAGAUGUCAAGUCCCGCAGGGCCCUGGUCUCUUGUGACAGAGCGUCCCACCACGUCGGGGCCAGUGCUGAAAAGGCCCUGGCCCUAGUUGAAACCAGUCUAACCUCCUUGAGGCUCGGGACCUCAAAGUGUUGUUAUUUGUGGACCUUGAGGUCCUCCGCGGGGGGAUGAUGGCUCUCCUCCGCCUCCGCAGUUGGAGCCAGCAAUGCUUCUGAGUAUCAGUAUUCUGAAUAUCUGACUAUUGCUGGGAACCGCAAGAAGGGAGAGUUGCUCUGGUGCUCAGAUCCUGCUUGCAGGGUUCCCACAGGCCUCUGACUGAGCUCUGUGAGAACAGGAUGCUGGGCUAGAGGGACCAUCGGCCUCAUCCAGUUGCUUCUUAUUGGGUUCUUAAGUUCUAACAUUUCUGAUACGGGUUGCCAGGCAUUGCAAGUGGGGAGAGUUGCUGCUCUCUUGCUUCUGCCCUGUUUGGGGGCUUCCCAGAGAGGCAUCUGGCUGGCAGCUGGGGGGGGGGUCAGGAUGCUGGACAAGGUCCCAGCAAAAGAAGAAUGGAUACGAAAACUUAUGGAAUAUGCAGAAAUGGCGAAACUUACUUGAAAAAUAAGAAAUCAAGAUAGCAAACUUUUUAUAAAAGAAUGGAACUGGUUUAGGGCAUAUUUACAAACAAGCUGUAAACAGAUAAGAACAUUGACAGGAUUAUUGUAAUAACCUGCAGUUUUAUAAGAGUAUAUAUUUAAAGUAGAUGAAUAAAUGAGCAAAUUAAGUUAAUUUGGAUAUGCAAAAAAUGUUAAAAAUAAAUUUAAGGAGCCACAGAAAGAGGGGGAAGGAAGUCAAGUUUUGAAAUGUUAAAAUGAUUGUAAAAUUAUUGAAAUGUAUAAAAAUGAAAGUCCGAAAUAUAAAAUUAAAGGGUGGACCUUGGCCUAGAUCCAGCAGGGCUUCUCUUAGCUCCUUCCUCCUCCCCCAGCUUCACUUCUCCUGGGGGGGGGGGCGUCCAUCCUUCCACCAGGUCCCAUGGAACUGCCCGCCUACUGUGUGUUGGGGGGGAGUGGCCAUUGAGUGGCGCUGGCAGCCUCCCAAGGCUCCUUGCGGGUGAGGUCAUCGCCCAGGGAGUCGUCAAUCUCUGUGGUGCGGCUGGCACAGAGCGACUCUCAUCCCAUUACACUUGGCCCGGCUGCCAGCUGCGUCAUACAGGUGCCACCUCUCCCCUUCCCGCCAAUCUGGGUGAGUGAAUGAAUGAAUGAAUGAAUGGAGCUGGGAGGGAGCCUUUGGCGACAGAAGCUGUGAGUUUGUCAAUGAGCAAGUGGAGAAGCUGAGCCAACACCACGGUGCUUCUGACACGGCAUCCAAAGCAAGGGGGGGGGGUUCCCUGUCUCUCGGAGGCUGAAUAUCCCACCCAAGGAAAGUCUGCACAGGCAAGGGGUGGGAGGGAGGAGGCAUUAGAUAGCAUAGCCCAACUCAGUUCUGUGUGCCUCUUCCUUUCAAACCUCCAGAUUCACAGCGACUCUUCUCUUCUUCUUCUUCUUCCUCCUAUUCCUCUGCUGCAGAUCUGGAACUCCCCCCGUUUCCUGGUGUUCUUCAGGAAGGGGGCGUUCUGUGACCCUCUGUGGGGGCGUCUUCCAGUCAUGGGGCUGGCGCAUACUUUUGCAGGGCCCCAAUUUCAUUCUCAAGGCCGGAGUGAAAUCGUGAGGUUCGUUCCGCUUUGCCAUCUUGUUGGAGUUCCCUUUCCCAAUUCCUUUUCUUUUGCCUUCCUGCCAGGGGCUGUUAAAUAGCUGGUGGGCAGAGCAGUCACUGAGAGAGGGGGCACAUUUGGCAUUUCUGGCAGAUUCUUAGAAUAGUAGAAUUGGAAGGGAUCUCCAAAGCCCAUCCAGUCUAACCCUCUUCAGUGCAGGAAUCACAGAGUCUGCGUAAAAACCUCCCAGGAAGGGGAGCCCCACCCUCCUUGGGACCUGGAGGUCAGAGCAUGCAGAGGAAACGGAGGCAGCUGUGCCGCUCUGGAGACCCUGGCUUGCAGGCUGUGGCUGAUCCCCCUCCUCACUCAGCCAUGGCCCCCUCCAUCUCCCCUCUCUGGGGGAAGAGAGGCGGCUUCUCUUCUUCUGGGCACAGGGCUGUGUCUUCUCCCUUUGCCAGCUCCCUAGAUCCGCUCCAAGGAGGGAGGCUUGACGUCAACAGAUAGCUGGCAGGGACUUUUGGGGAGGCAGUAGCUCAGAGGCUCUGCCCCCUUGGCCAGAGACCAGAAAAAGCCAGGCCUGGGCUGGGGAAGAUGUGGCUUGGCAGAAAUGGAGGCAGCCCUGCCCCCUUUCCUCCUCCUUCCAACCCAGCAGUCUAUAGUUUGCUUCUAUUUUUGUUGUUGUUUAGUCAUUUAGUCGUGUCCGCCUCUUCGUGACCCCCUGGACCAGAGCACGCCAGGCCCUCUGUCUUCCACUGCCUCCCUCAUGCUGGUACCUUCGAGAACACUGUCCCACCAUCUCGUCCUCUGUCGUCCCCUUCUCCUUGUGCCCUCCAUCUUUCCCAACAUCAGGGUCUUUUCCAGAGAGUCUUCUCUUCUCAUGAGGUGGCCAAAGUCUUGGAGCCUCAGCUUCAGGAUCUGUCCUUCCAGUGAGCACUCAGGGCUGAUUUCCUUCAGAAUGGAGAGGUUGGAUCUUCUUGCAGUCCAUGGGACUCUCAAGAGUCUCCUCCAGCACCAGAAUUCAAGAGCAUCAAUUCUUCGGCGAUCAGCCUUCUUGAUGGUCCAGCUCUCACUUCCAUACAUCACUACUGGUUGCUUCUAUAGGGAGCAUCAUAAAUUGUGGAGUUGGAAGGGACCCUGAGAGUUAUCUAGUUCAACCCUCUGCAACACAGGGAUCACAACUAAAACAUCCCUGACUGAUGGCCACCCAAACUUUUAUCUUUUUGUAAACCACUUUGAGGGAUUCACCCCUCCGCCCAAUCAAGCGGUGUAUGAAAUUUAGGAAAGAAAUACAUUGUUUUGUGUGUACAUGAGGUUUUCCACCUGAGGACCGUCUGCACAGCUAAGCCUGAAGAGUUUCUGUCUGGCAAGAACUGCAGCCCCUGAGCCUCAGGAUCCCGUGCUGCUGGCUCAGCCGUAACACCAAACAUGCUUUGGCUCUGGGGGGUCGUGCACGGCCCCCCCUCCUUUUCUGCCUGGAGCAAACGAGCUCACAGCCGCCUUCAGGCUGGCAAACUGGGGGCUGAGCUGGCCUUGCCAACCAGGAUCAAAACACUCAGGUUUAAUUCUAGUUUUCAGUCUGGAUCUUCAAGGCAACAAGGAGCCAACUGUGCUUUGGCUCAAGCCAGGAGGUGAGUCAUUUGACUUGUCCUCUGGGUCUGGGCAGACAGUGCAUCCCACCCAUGAGAUGAUGUUGCUUUUGCACAGGGACCCUGGUGGGCGUGGGAGAUGUGAUUUCCCAGCAGGCGGUGGAGAGGAGGGGGCUGGCUGGGCACAGCAGCCAGCGGACCCUGAAGAUGAUGGCCAUCGGUUUCUGCUUUGUGGUGAGCCAGGGCAAAUUGGGUGGCACAGGAGCACCAAGCCAGAAGGGCCUCUGGGCUGGGAGACGUUCCUCUUGGCUCCUGGGGAGACUGCUUCACCAAGGGGGCUGGGCCAGGGGGAGUGCCUUGACCUGGCAGGCCUGGGUCUCCCCGGUCCUCUGUGGCUGUAGGGGAAGGCUCUGCCUCAGUUGCUGUGCUGUGACCCUGGACUGCCCCUCUCCCCUGCAGGGCCCGGUCAUUGGAGGCUGGUACCACGUCCUUGACCGUCUGGUGCCCGGCACCACCAGGGUGGCUGCGUUCCAGAAGAUGCUGUUGGAUCAGGUCAGGGGGCUCUCUCCGUGGGAUCCCCAAGCCAACCGGCCGGUCAGGGCUUUGCGGGCUCCUCUUCCACAGCUAAGGAAUCCCUGGCAGGCGGGCAUCCGACCUGGACUCAAAAACCUCCCAGGAAGGAGAGUCCACCGCCUCACAGGGGUCUCUGUUCUGCCAUCAAACAGCAAAGCUUUUCCUAGUGGUUAAUCUCCUUUCUUGCUUCUAAAUCCGUUGGUUUGGGUCCUCCCCUCUGGAGGAGCAGCAGAAAACAAGCUGGCUCUUCCUUUGGGCAUUUGAAGAUGGCUUCCAUAUCACCUGUCCCUGCUCCAGCCCCCAGGAUGACUUGUUCUGAUGCUUGGUUUGGCCCCUCUCUUUGUCAGCUGCACGGGGCGGGUGGGGAGGGGGCUUCCUGGGGGGCCAGGGAGCUCUUCUUCCUUCCCAGCUCCUUGCUUGAGGUCUCCACCUUCUCCCCAUGGAUCCCCUCUCCUUCCUCCCACAGGCCGGGUUUGCCCCCUGCUUCCUGGGCUCUUUCCUGGCUGUGGCAGGAGCGCUCAACGGCCUGUCCCUGGAGAAGAACUGGGACAAGAUCAAGCGGGUGAGUUGGCCACAGGGCAGCUGGCAGGGAAGGGGUGUAGCCAUCUCUGGAGCGGCAGAGUUGCAAGGGACCCCACCCUCCUCCCCCCGCAAGGAAGAAUCCCUGAUUUCCUCCCUUGAUGCUGGUAGGAUUGGAGGGUCCCUCUGCCUCUGUGCUUGUAGGCGAUUGCUCUGCCAGAGAGUUAUUCCUCGGAGGUUUCCAUUCCGCCUUUGGAGAGGUGUUUGGGGACGUCUUCCAUGGCCGGAUCCAGGUCUGACAAAAGGAAGGACUUCUUGGCCCAAGAACACUUAGCUAAGCAGCAGAACUCCCUUCCACAAGUAGCAGCGAUGGCCACCCAUUUGGAUGGCUCUUAGAUAAGGGAAGGGACACGGGUGGCACUGUGGGUUAAACCACAGAGGCUAGGGCUUGCUGAUCAGAAGGUCGGUGGUUCGAAUCCCCGCGAUGAGGUGAGCUCCCGUUGCUCGGUCCCUGCUCCUGCCCACCUAGCAGUUCGAAAGCACGUUAAAGUGCAAGUAGAUAACUAGGUACCACUCCGGCGGGAAGGUAAACGGCGUUUCCGUGCGCUGCUCUGGUUCGCCACAUGCUGGCCACAUGACCCGGAAGCUGUACGCCGGCUCCCUCGGCCAGUAAAGCGAGAUGAGCGCCACAACCCCAGAGUAGGCCACGACUGGACCUAAUGGUCAGGGGUCUCUUUACCCCUUUUACCCUUUUAGAUAAGGGAAAUUCCUCCAGGAUAAAGUUGCUAGUCCUCAUGGCCAAAGGAGAGGGGAGCUAGGCCCUGCUGUGCCCUUCGCCUGCUGGAUGAGGCCAGUGGCCCUUCUGGGGCAGCCUCCUUUUCUCACAGUGGCCGGCCAGGUGCCCCCAAGGGAAGCCGCCAAGCAGGAUCUGAGCGUGAGAGCCGUCUCAUGGUGGGGGGAGGAGUGACAUCUCCCCCUCCGAUGUCCUGGCCUGCCACAGAGGCCCCCUGCCCAUCCCUCCAGCCCCUCUGCCCUUUGAGCUGCAGCAUCUGCCCCCCCCCCCCGGCUGCCGUUCUGCCACCUCCCGUCCUGCGAGGGCCCUGCGUGACCCCUGCCAAUGUCUCUCGCGUCACCUGGACAGCCUGGUGCAGGGAGCCAGCCCGCCUGACACACGCACAGCCCCCUCCCCAUCUCUUUCAAGAGCCUUUUCUUCCCAUCUCAUCUCGGUGUGGACUGAAAGACUCGGCUGCUUUACUCACCAGAGAUGAGUCACAGGAGGAUAAAUGUCACAGUGACCCCCCCCCCCCCUGAGGAGCUGGAUGUGCCACCAAGAGGGAGAGGGAGGGGGGUGGAGAGAGCCAAGCAGGAUCCUUGGGGGAGGGGGGUUAACACACCAGCACCCCUCUGCCUUUGCCUGACCCCCACGUAGGAGUAGAGAAUUGGGGGUCCCAUGGGCCAGAAGUAUAGAGGGGGGUCGCUGGACCAGAAGGGUUUCUGCUCCCCCAACCCCACCAGCACUCUUCCAGGACCGAGCCCCAGCUGGCUUCAGGUGCCCCAAGGGCAGGUCUGUACAGUGGGGUGGGAGUGGCUGAGCAUUUGCGAAGAGGGACCCCCCAACCGUGUCCCUCAGGGAGGUGGGACCUCCGAGUAUAGGGUGGUUUAAUAAUAAUAAUAAUAAUAAUAAUAAAUUAAUAAUAAAUAACCCCUCCAAGGAGUGCUGUGAAGGUGACCUGGGAGGGGGAAGUCUUGGAAGGAAUGGGGGUUUUCUAAGAGGAGGGGGUGAGGCGAAGUCUAUGAAAGGAAGACCAACAACAUUGUUACUGUUCUUCUUUGUUAGAUUUAUAUGCCGCCCUUGAUCACAAGACCUCAGGGCAGUUCACAUGAUCAAACUGCAAGGCGCAAGGACUGCAGCCUGUUUCUGUCUGAGAGAGAGGAGUCUGGGAUAAACUUCUGGAGACGCUCCCUGGCUCUGGGCCUCCCCAGAAGUCUCCCAGAGGUGCCUGGCAUGGAGAAGUCCCUCUCAGCAGGGGUGGGGCUGACUGAGCCAUGGGGGGGGCCUGCCAGCCAGCCCUCACCCCCCCUGUGUUGCUCUCUUGCAGGACUACACGGAUGCCCUGAUCACCAACUAUUACGUGAGUCCUCCGGCUGCCCCCUGGCAGGACCUGCCUGCCUCUGCCGCCUGCCAUCCGCCUGCCGCCCCCCAGCCCUGCCUGGCAAAGGGGGCUCCUUGGCUGCCCUUCCAGAGGCCCUACAGGAUCGCCUGGUCAGUCGGUCGGCAGCAUCUCCCUGGCAGCCUUCAAGCUCAGCGCAUCACAGAAUUGUGGAGUUGGAUGGGGCCCCCAAUUGUCACACAGGAAUCACAGCUCCCCUUCCCCUGGUGGCAAUGAGAGGUUUGGGCCUGGGGGUUUGGGGAGGGGUCUUCCUGGGGCCCUGCUCUUGGCGGCCAUGCUGCCUCCCCAGUGGUGCAUCUCUCGCCCCCUCUCCCUUUCAGAUCUGGCCGGCUGUGCAAGUGGCCAACUUCUACUUCGUCCCCCUGAACUACAGGUAAGACCUGCCUUUCCUUCCUGCAGGAUCCGCCCCCCCGGCCCCCCUUGGCAGAGUCGCUGCCCCUCAGCUCUUUCUCUGCCCCCCCAGGCUGGCCGUGGUCCAGUGUGUUGCCAUUGUCUGGAACGCCUAUCUCUCCUGGAAGGCCAACCAGCUGUGA